AUGUCCCAAAGGAUUUCUUCUCACACGGUGGGGCAGCGGCCUAGACGGCAGUACGUCAGCAAGCUGACGGAGUUCUUCUUCCGCGAGCUCGACAAGGGGCUGGCCUCGCCGUACGUCGUGCUGUCCACCGGGGCCCUCCUGGCCCUCGUGGGGUGGAAGCUGAUGCUCUACUACGUCGAGCCCAACCGGCAGCAGGGCGCGGUCUGGCGGCGGCCGCAGUCCCGUGUGCCGCUGAGCGACGCCCACAACGCCUUCUGGGGCCUUAACAUCGGCGGGGACGGCUGGAGAGGCCUUCCGGCGGGGCGCCACCUCGCGGAGACGAUGACGGAGACCGCGGAGGAGGCGCUGCGGCGGCCCACGCUGGUGCACAGCGAGGACAGCGAGGUGCGCGGCGGCCGCGGGGAGGCCCUCAGCGUGGCGUGCAUGGAGCUGUCGGAGUACGACGCGCGGCUGGGGGACGAUGUCGUGUACCGCAGCGUGCACUACAUCCAGGGCACCACGCGCGCGGCCCCCGCGGCCCUUCCAACAGGAGCUGCAGCGGUGGCGGGGCCGGCGGACGCGGAGGGAAGUCAAAGCGCCCCGGUGACGACGCCCACACCGCCAGCGCAGGAGUCGGCGGUGGCGGAGGAGACGUCAUCGUAUUUUUCUCGAAUGCCCGCACGGGGGGCGUCCAUGAUUCACGGCAUGGUGAAGUGCAGGGCGAUUACCUCGUUGAACAACUGUGUGCCUUACGCCGGGCACAUGGAGAGCGAGUACGCGCGGAAGCUGAUGCUGGCACUGGGGCCGGUGCACAUUCUGCGCGACGUUGCACAGACCAACUUUCCGGUGCGCUUUACGGUCGCGAAGGAGGCGCCGGUGUCCACGCUUGUGUGUGGGCUGCACAGCGGCGAGGUUCCACGCUGGCUGAGCACCGCCUUCCCCAACUUUCACGUGGACGUCGUCGAGAGUGACGGCGCCCUCGCCCGUGUCUGCCGUCGGUUUCUGGGCUUUCAGGAGUCGAGUAACCUGCGCCUGUACAUCGCCGACCCCGUCGAGUUUAUUCGCCGCAGCGCGCUGCCGGAGGUGGGCCGCCGCUACGAUCUCAUCAUGCUGGACGUCGGCGACGGGGCUGGGCGGGUGAGCACGCGGUACGGCCGCCUCGAGUUCAUCAGCGCCGUGCGCAAUAGUCUCACCGGCGCCGGCUGCGUCGUCGCGGCGCUCCCAAAUCGGGACGGGGCGUUUCUCUACAACAUGGUGCAGAACUGGCGCAUGGCCUUUGCGGGGCGCACGGUGCUCCUCGUGCACUGCGUCACCUCGCCGCAGACGCUGCUCAUGACCUUUCAGGAUGACGCGGCCCGCGGCAAGGUGAACCUUGGCAGCGUCGCCAACGUGGAGGAGUUCAAGGACCUGCUGCGCACCACACUCGCCCACUACGGCCCGCGGCGUGUGCCGUUCGACCUCACCGGGGAGGUGUCGGAGGAGAACUUCCGCGUGCUGCACCCCGGCGCGGUGUACCCAGUCGCGGCGUACCUGCCGGCUGGUCACCCGCAGCUGCGCGAGGUGGCGGCGGCCGGCAGUCGCGCCGGGACCGGCGCCUGGGGGGCGUGGCUGCGGCGCUGGAGCGGGGCGUGGCUCACCCCCGCCCAACGCGCGGAUCUGCGCGGCAUGGAUAGAUGA